AGAUGAUUGGGUCGUUACCUACCCUCUGAUGUCAUCAAUGUGCGACUUUACAAGUAGUUUUCGAACAGGGGAAGCGAACAUUCGUGUGAAAGGUAUGCCAAUGUGAUCAUGGCCAGCAGGCAGUGGUGUGAGGGUCACUCCACCCCAGUGCUGUGUGUGGGGGCCUCUGGGGGUCCGGAGGGUCUCCUAGCCUCUGGCUCAGAGGAGGGUGAGGUAACAGUGUGGAACCAGGAGGGAACAGUGUUAGCUAGUCUCCGUCUGCCCAGCGGGGAUGAUGUGACCAGCGCUGUGUUCUCGCCGGCGGCUCCAGGCCUGUUGUAUGUGUCCCACGGGGAGACGGUGAGCGUAUUGGACCCUAGGAGCCUAAAGGGGGCGGUAGAGGAGCUACAGGGUGUGGGAGAGGAGGAGAUCAACUCUCUGGCUCUGAAUGAGACAGGCUCAGCUCUGGCCGUGGCUGAUGACUCAGGGGUGGUGAGGGUGCUAGGGCUGCCGGGGGGUCAAGUAAACAGGACGCUCCGCAGACACACCAACAUCGUCUCAUCUGUGGCUUUCCGCCCUCUCAGGCCCAACAACUUGGUCUCAGCCGGGCUCGACAUGCAGGUGAUGUUGUGGAGCCUACAGAAGACACGCCCCGUCUGGACCCUCAACCUGCAGGAAGUGGCUGAGGAAGAGGAGGCCCAUCAGCACAAAGCCGGUCAGCUCUUCAACCCACCUCUGGCCCACUGCGUCUCUGUAGCAUCCUGCGGGAACGUUUUGGCCUGCGCCGCCGAGGAUGGACGUGUGCACCUGAUGCGGGUCGGCAGUGGCUCCAAACUGGACCGACAGGGGGCCAUCAAGGCCCACAGCCAGGGAGCCUCGCAGGCCCACUUCCUCAGCUUCUUACCCCACCCAUACUGGUUGGCUACUGGGGGCAACGACGGCAUGGUGGCCCUCUGGGACCUCAGUCAGAACCCGGUAGUUACUGUUGAGGAUAAGGGCAAGCCACAGGCAGCGCCAGUCCACCGCAGGAGACCCAAUGCCAGGGCUAAAGCCAAACUCCAGGCCCAGGCCAAGCCCCAGCAGGCAAAAGAGGAGACUAAGAAGGAGGUGGAGGAGGGAGGCAGUGUAGAUCAGUCACCAGGCACAGAGGAGGCCCUGAAGUCAGGACCUAAACUCAGCUUCAGCCAUGGGGACAAGGUGAACUGGGUGUGUCCCACUCUGCUGAGAGGGGAGCCCAGCCUGGUGGUGGCUGACCAGAGCCGUAACCUGUCUGUCUACUCUUUGGCCGGUCUAUAGACCUAACCUGUCUGUCUACUCUCUGGCUGGUCUAUUGACCUAACCUGUCUGUCUACUCUCUGGCCGGUCUAUAGACCUAACCUGUCUGUCUACUCUCUGGCCGGUCUAUAGACCUAGCCUGUCUGUCUACUCUCUGGCCGGUCUAUAGACCUAACCUGUCUGUCUACUCUCUGGCCGGUCUAUAGACCUAACCUGUCUGUCUACUCUCUGGCUGGUCUAUAGACCUAACCUGUCUGUCUACUCUUUGGCUGUAGCAAUAUACAAACUGCCUUACCUUGUAUUACUUAGUAGUUUAAGGGGCCCUCCUUCCUCUGAGUUUUGCUCACUGAGCAUUAGUAUCAUCAGCCUGUCUGUGUAUUAAGACUGGCAGACAGAACCUUCUUUAACCAGAGGCAUCCACCUAAAGGAGGACUGAACCAUGUCUUUAUCAGCAGGGUUCUCCCCUUCAAAGACUGAAACACUGACCAUCUAAUAGGACUGCACCAUGACAAACCGGGGGGGGGUGAAAACAGACCAUCUGAUAGGACUGCACCAUGACAAACCAGGGGGGUGAAGACAGACCAUCUGAUAGGACUGCACCAUUACAAACAAGGGGUGGAGACAGGUCCAUCUGAUAGGACUGCACCACGACAAACCAGGGGGGUGAAGAUGGACGCAGAUGUUUGAUCAGCUCAACAAUGAAAAGACUGUGCCAUGUCAGGAUUAGGCAGAUGUGACUGUUAUCACUGUGCUAGUUUAGCAACUUCCUCCCUCAACUUGCCUCUGACUAGACUUAACGCUAAUGUUUCCCAACUCCAGUUCUCAAUUACCCCCAACAUGACACAUUUUUAUUGUAGCCCAGGGCAAGCACACCUGACACCUCUUGUCAACUAAUCAUCAAGCCCUCAAUGAGCUGAAUGAGGUCUGCCCCCCCUCCCCAGGGCUACAACAACAACAACGUGUACGGUUUUAAGUACUGGAGGGCCGGCGUUGACUUAUACCAAAGUCCUCUGCCUCGCAAACACACCCACCUGACCCCACGCUUGACGAUAUGUACAAACCAGAUGUGCCACUGGAAAGGAUAUGAUUCCAUUUAAACAGUCUCACUCCAUUAGCCACUACUCUUGUUGCUGGGUAAACUCUAUGGGUUUGUGUGAUAGGAUGUCUGUCAUCAGUUUAACUCCGAUAGGAGCUUUAUUACAAAUGUGCUGAGUGGAGUUUUUUCUUUCCUGAAUAUAUAUAUAUAUAUAUAUGUGUACACUGUAUAUAUACAGCAGUAUGUGGACAGCCCUUCACAUGAGUGGAUUCAGUUAUUUCAGCCACACCCGUUGCUGACAGGUGUAUAAAACCCGAGCACACAGCCAUGCAAUCUCCAUAGACAAACAUUGGCAGUAGAGCCUCUAGGUUUCUUCCUAGGUUCUGGCCUUUUUUUCUAGGGAGUUUUUCCUAGCCACUGUGCUUCUACACCUGCAUGGCUUGCUGUUUGGGAUUUUAAACAUUGGCAGUAGACUGGCCCUUACUGAAGAGCUCAGUUAGUUAAGUUUCUGCCCUGCUAAAGAUGCCAUGGCCGAGCACACAACAUCAACCAUGCGCAAUGCCAAGCGUCGGCUGGAGUGGUUUAAAGCUGCCAUUGGACUCUGGAGCAGUGGAAAUGUGUUCUCUGGAGUGAUGAAUCACGUUUCACCAUCUGGCAGUCCGACGGACAAAUCUGGGUUUGGAGGUUGCGCGGUAGAACGCUACCUGCCCAUAAUGCAUAGUGUCAAGUGUAAAGUUUGGUGGAUGAGGAAUAAUGGUCUGGGGCUGGUUUUCAUGGUUCGGGCUAGACCCUUUAGUUCCAGUGAAGGGAAAUCUUAAUGCUACAGCAUACAAUGACAUUCUAGACGAUUCUGUGCUCCCAAUUUUGUGGCAACAGUUUUGGGAAGGCCCUUUCCUGUUUCAGCAUGACAAUGCCCCCAUGCACAAAGCGAGGUCUAUACAGAAAUGGUUUCUCGAGAUCGGUGUGGAAGAACAUGACACCAAUAACCACAUACCAUCGAACACCUUUGGGAUGAUUUGGAACGUUGACUGUGAGCCAGGCCUAAUCUCCCAACAUCAGUGCCCGACCUCACUAAUGCUCUUGUGGCCAAAUGGAAGUAAGUCCCUGCAGUAAUGUUACAACAUCUAGUGGAAGGCCUUCCCAGAAGAGUGGAGGCUGUUAUAGCAGCAAAGGGGGGACCGUCUCCAUGUUGAUGUCAAUGAUUUUGGAAUGAGAUGUUAGACGAGCAGGUGUCCACAUACUUUGUCAUGUACUGUACAUACACUGAGUAUACAAAACAUUAAGAACACCUGCACUUUUCAUGACACAGACUGAUCAGGUGAAAGAUAUGAUCCCUUAUUGAUGUCACCUGUUAAAUCAACUUCAACCAGUGUAGAUGAAGGGGAGGUGACAAGUUGAAUGGACAACAUUUAAGUGCCUUUUGAACAGGGUAUGGUAAUAUGUGACAGGCUCACUGGUUAGUGUCGAGUUACAACACUGCUGGGUUUUUCACACAACAGUUUCCUGUGUGUGUCAAGAAUGGUCUACCACCCAAAGGACAUCCAGAUAAUUUGACACAACUGUGGGAAGCAUUGGAGUCAUCAUGGUGGCCAAGCAACCUUGUGAAACGCUUUCAACACCUUGUAGAGUCCACCUCCAACCAACUGAGGCUGUUCUGAGUGCAAACAGAGGGAGGGUACUAGGAAAGUGGUCAUGUUUGGUUUACUCAAUGUAUCGCUAUGCGGGUUUUUAAGGCAAUUUCUGAGGCGACAUAUGUAACAUUUACCUGUGAAUGGGAUAUCAGUAAUUGCCGGAACAUACCCAUUAAAAAAAGAGCCACAAUGCCCAUUAAGAGCCACAAUGCCCAUUAAGAGCCACAAUACCCAUUAAAAUGAGUCACAAUACCCAUUAAAAUGAGUCACAAUACCCAUUAAAAUGAGCCACAAUGCCCACGACCUACAAUCAGAUUGUAUGAAAAAUACAGAGAUUCAAUCAAGUCAAUAUCAGUCAAGAUGUCAGCCGGUAGGUAAGGAUAUAUGAGUGAGUUAUAACAGGUCCAAAAUAAAAAAAUAACUGGCCCGAUUUUUUUUCCCAAUAAAAAAAUCAAAC